GCCGCCGGGGGACAGAGGCGGGCGCCGGACCUGCAGCGGGGCCAGCCGGGCCGAUCUGGGGCGCCAAGUCUCGUCUCGUCAAAGCGGGAGGGAAAAGCCCGAUCAUGCAGAGUGUGCAGAGUCUGUCGAAGCGGUGCUUUUGCCUGGGCUUUCUGCUGCUCCACGUCCUGGGACAGGUCGCUGCGACCCAGCGCUGUCCCGCCCAGUGUCCCGUGCGGUGUCCCAAGACGCCGCCAACCUGCGCCCCCGGGGUGAGGGCCGUGCUGGACGACUGCUCCUGCUGUCUGGUGUGCGCCCGCCAGCGCGGCGAGAGCUGCUCGCUGCUGGAGCCUUGCGAGGAGAGCCGCGGCCUCUUCUGCGACCGCAGAGCGGACCCCAGCGCGGGAACCGGCAUCUGCAUGGCUGUAGAAGGAGACAACUGCGUGUUUGAUGGGGUCAUUUACCAAAGUGGAGAGACCUUUCAGCCAAGCUGCAAAUACCAGUGCACCUGCAGAGACGGGCAGAUUGGCUGUGUGCCCCGCUGUGAGGAAGACCUGCUCCUGCCCCAGCCUGACUGCCCAGCUCCCAGGAAAGUCGAAGUGCCCGGGGAGUGCUGUGAAAAGUGGAUCUGUGACUCAAAUGAGAAGGCGGAAUUAGGAGGCCUUGCCCUUCCAGCCUACAGGACAGAAGCCACUGUAGGUGUUGCAGUCUCCGACUCUAGCAUCAACUGCAUUGAGCAGACCACGGAGUGGAGCGCAUGCUCCAAGAGCUGUGGCAUGGGUUUUUCCACCCGGGUCACCAACCGGAAUCCACAGUGUGAGAUGGUGAAGCAGACUCGCCUCUGCAUGGUGCGGCCCUGUGAACAAGAACACAAGCAACCGACAGAUAAGAAAGGUAAGAAGUGUCUUCGUACCACAAAGUCACUCAAAGCCAUCCACCUGCAGUUCAAGAACUGUACCAGCCUGCACACCUACAAGCCCAGGUACUGUGGGGUCUGCAGCGAUGGCCGGUGCUGCACCCCCCAUAACACCAAAACCAUCCAGGUAGAGUUCCAGUGCUCCCCAGGGCAAAUCAUCAAGAAACCAGUGAUGACCAUCGGAACCUGCACCUGUCACAGCAACUGUCCUCAUAACCACGAGGCCUUACUCCAAGAGUUAAAGCCAAACACCAGCAGAGGGGAAGUGUAAGAUGUGUUCCUUGAGGAGGAUACCUACAGAGGCAAAGUGUAGCUACCCAACAUCAAAUGAAUAUAAGAAAAAUUAGGAAGAAUUAUUACUUUACCCCUGAGUCCUAUGUAUUGCCUGUAGUCAUAUGAGGUCAGUUAUAUCUGUCUUGUUUUUUUUAAUGAAAGAUCUGAUUAACUGUAAACUUGAAAUCAAGUUAAGCUCAGGAUAGUACUUAGGGGUGAUUUACUUUUCUGUGGUAUUGGCUACAAAUGAAAAUUUCUAUAAAUGUAAGAAAUCAGAUACAUGUUUUUACUGUGUAGAUGAUCACAUUACACUCAUCUUACUUUGUUAUACACUAGUGGAAUGUCAAGAAAAUGUCACUGUCACAAAUGUCAGUGAUGUUUAAUAUCAUACUGAACACGUUGUCAUACAAAUAUCUUGGCAUAUAUCUUUGACUUGACAGGCCUCUGUAGAGCGCUCUUUUUGAGCAGCUCAACUCUGAACUUCCAAGUUCAAGAUCCGAGGACACGUGUAGCUGUUCAAUUUGAAAUCCAGAGACCAUUAGUCUUCUGUUUCGUUGCAUACUAGGAAGCAGACUGUAUCUACAGGAAUGGAAUGUUUGUUAGUUAAGUGGACUGGUGCGAUAAACUUGCUCCAUUUCACACGAGUUGACUCCUUUCCAAAGAAAGAAGCCAACAGAAAACUCUGCUUGAUGCAGAGGAGACCAGGCCACUCAGCCCUUCCAUUUCUACAUGCUGGAGGCUGCUGGAGCUCCCCACUUUUUCAUUCAGAAGAAGCAGAACAUAUCAGCAGAGACUUUCUCACCUUACUGAUGAGGAAACCGGGGCCCUCUGAUGACUUUCAAAUGUGCUGGUAGUAGAUUUUGAAAAAGAAGAACAAAAUCACCAUGACCGUGGUGGUAAAAUACCAUAAAUUUUAUGGGAGUUCAGAAUUAUUGUAGACAUGCCCAAAACUUAUCCUUGGGCCCUAAUUAUUCAAACUCACAAACAAGAUAUAUGUGUAUACAUAUGUGUAUCUAAUUUGUCAAGCUAUAAGAUAGCCUGCAAACGUAAAUGUAUACAUCCUUUUAAUGUCACCAUAUGUGUUCAGCUUUUCUCUUUUAAAGUAUUUAUAUGUAAAUUAUACAUUUUUUAAUAUUCUUUUUACUUUCUCUAUUUGUCAGACAUCACUAAAUAAACACGAUUUUAUCAGUGCGUGACUAUGCCAUUA